UUCUUCAUCGGAAACCCUAAACCCACUUUCUGCGUCUCACAUAUCAACUCCGGCGCCGACCUCGACGGCACAACCAUCUGUUGUACGGAGCGAUCCGGCCACUCCGUUCCCCCAUUCUCUUCCGGCGCUAGCAGCAACCGCAAACACCCGAGCCGUGCGGCGGCGAUAGCUCCUUCAAGAAACGGUGCGGCGAGGCUCGACUGAGCAGAUUUGUGAACUGCACAAGGACAUAUUCCGGCGGAUUCUUCUUUAGCUAUAGCCGACUUGGCGACGUCUUCCACCGAUAUCUACAGUGGUUCUGCUCCUCGACGGCGUAGGAUUCGUUCGAUUUUCUCUACGUUUAGUUGUAGGAAAACUAAGACACAGAGAACAUUAUUUGCUUGUAAUUGCACGUUCUUCCGCUCUCUCGUUGAGUGCAAUGCGGUCACUGAAGAAUGUCAUCCGUUCGCGGCUAUACAAGAAGCGAGCUCGGCCGCAUUCUCGGAGACAUUUUGGGCUUUUUGAGAAACACAGAGACUAUGUCAAGCGUGCUAAGGCUUAUCAGAAGAAGGAAGCCACUGUAGAGAAACUUGAAGGGAAAACAGCCUUCAGGAAUCCAGAUGAAUUUUACUUUAAGAUGAUUAAGACCAGAACAGUCCAUAAACCAGAGAGACGGGUAAAUAAGUAUACUAAAGAGCAACUCAUACUGAUGAAAACCCAAGAUGCAGAGUAUAUACUUCAGAAAAUGCAGAGUGAGGAAAGGAAAAUUGAAAGACUGACAGCCACGUUACAUUCUUUUGAUAAUCAGCCAUCAAAUGAGCAUCUUUGCUUUGCUGAAGACAGGGAGGAUACCAAUGAAAUUCAAUGUCGUUCCUCCAAAGGUAGAUGGAUAGCAUUGUAUGAAACAGUUCCUAACAGUAUUAAGAGGAAAACCGCUGCUUCUUACAAAGAAUUGGAGGCAAGGAGGAGUAGAGUCUGGGAAUUAGAGAAACUUUAUAGGGAUAUGAGAUUUCAACAAGAACUAUGGAAAAUGGGCCGAAAACGUAAACGUCAGGAAGAUGAGCUCUCCAAUCCAACUUCUAAUCCUGUAUACAAAUGGCGGGCAGGACGAAAACGCUGAGUAAGGUUGAUGAUUGAAGGAGAAUUAUUUGCAAUUUUCAAGGAAACAGGACGAAGCACUGACGACCUAAAUUUUGCAGAAGUAGGCUGACAAAACACUCACUGACGACCUAAAUUUUGGUUCCUUUGUUUUCAUGGCUAAUUAAUUAAGAUGUUUUUGUUUCUUCUUUGUUCUUUGAUGAAGAAUGUAAUGACCUUACUGUUACUGUUUUUAGUUAGGAAUAUCAAUAUAUAGUUUGAUUCAUCAAAAGCU